UAUGUCGCCUCAGAUUUUGGAUAACGCCCUUGGAGCCGUCGGCCACACGCCCCUCGUCCGGCUGGACAAGAUCGCACAGGCGAAUGGGCUCAAGUGCAAUCUCGUGGGCAAAGUCGAGUUCAUGUCAGUCGGCGGCUCCGUCAAGGACCGCAUUGCAAAGGCUAUGGUAGAGGCAGCGGAGCAAGAGGGGAAGCUCGUACCCGGCAAGAGCGUCGUCAUUGAACCCACGUCGGGCAACACUGGUAUUGGCCUGGCGAUGGCGUGUGCGAUCAAGGGUUAUUCGGUCAUCAUAACCCUGCCUAACAAGAUGUCGUUGGAGAAAGAAGCCCUCCUCCGUGCACUCGGGGCCGAAGUCAUCCGCACGCCCACGGAGGCUGCUUGGGACUCGUCAGAGAGCCACAUAGGGGUGGCAAACAGGCUGCAGCGUGAAAUCCCGCAUGGAAUCAUUCUGGACCAGUAUCGCAAGGUAAAUAACCCAUUGGCGCACGAGCUGACGACCGGCCCUGAGAUUAUCGAGGCGGUCGUGUCCACACCAUCGACGUCGGCAAAACCCUCCUCGCAAAGGGUUGACGUCAUGGUCGCAGGUGCAGGGACUGGAGGAACUGUCACAGGAAUCUCAAGGGCUAUCAAGAAGACCCACAACCAAGAUUGCAUCGUCGUCGGUGUCGAUCCGAAAGGGAGCAUCCUCGCCAUCCCAGAGUCCCUCAACGAAGCAGACACCGGCGCGCAAUACGUCGUCGAGGGCAUCGGUUACGACUUUAUCCCGGACGUGCUCAACCGCGCCGACGUCGACGUGUGGCUGAAGUCGGAUGAUGAGGAGUCCUUCGCGGCUGUGCAGACGCUCAUGCGAGCCGAAGGCCUGCUCGUUGGCGGAAGCAGCGGUAGUGCGCUCGCGUGUGCAUUGCAGUGGUUGAAGAGCGAUGAGGGCAAGCAGGUGGCGAGCACGGAGGGAAAGAAUGUGGUAGUGCUUUUGCCUGAUGGAAUUAGGAAUUACAUGAGCAAGCCGUGGUUCCUGAACAUUGCCAUGCAGGCUGAACCCUCGCCGCUGGCUGGCGCGAUCGCACAGAUCUUGCGGAAGGAGGCUGCUGCUACACCGACGGCACCGGUCACGAAAGCACAGGAGACACAACCCGAGGGGUCUUCGACAUCUACCGACGCCCCCGACGCCCCUCCGAAUCUGACACGGACCCCGCGUCAGGAAGGGAAGGCAAGCUACGAGGCGGAGUA